AUGCCACCUCGAGAACCCCGUGCCCUCCGCCCGCGCCGCCCGUCGCCUCGCCGUGGGCCCCGGCGCCAACCCGCGUCCUGCCCGACGACGGCCCGCGAGCGGCAGCAGGUGACGCGCCAGGGGGCAGGUUACCUCGGGCGACGGCGCCGCCGACCUCCCACCUUCUUCCCGGGGGCGCGAGCCGAGCAGCAGAGGCACCGGGAGCACGCGACAGCGAGGGGGACGGGCGGAGGAAGGACAGCCGUGGCCCCGCAGACGCUCUGGCGAAGGCGCAAGGCGCGGGCGCUGCGACCAUCAGGGAAGCGCACCUCCGCUCGGCCGGCCGCGGGUCCGACUGCAGCCGGCAGCUGCCUCACAUCCGGGUCUCGCAGGCGCUCAGCUGCUGCUCUCGCCGCGGCCCCCGCCCCCAGCGGCGCACACGCAAACUUCCGGCGACGGCGGCGACGCCCCGCCCGUCAGAUGGGCGCGCCCUGCGGCCGAGCUUGCGCGCCUGCGCAGCGCUCGUCUGGGCCCCGCCGGCUGGGUAGACAGGCCCACCAGUGGAAGAAGGCCGCACGCUCGCUGUGCGUCGCACGGACUCUCACCCCGCUCCAGAAGGCAGAGAGUAGGGAACUUCCCAAUAGUUCUGGGGACAGCUAACCCCUCUAUUUACAUCUCAAAGAGAAGAAAAUUCCAUGUGAGAGGUCUGAUUGGAUCUGCUCAGAUGCCAAGCCAAUUGUGAUCAGGCGGUGCGAUGUGAUCCCUGCUAUAAAAGGUAGAGUCUGUUUCUAGAGCGCCAGGAAACAGAAGAGUCCUGGGAAGUUUUGGGACGCGAGCAGUGGGUGUUGAAAAAGCAAC